AUGGCUUUAAUGUUACAUCCGUCAUCAGGACGUAGUAAUUUCGAUGUAGUAUCUGAAAAAUUAAAGUCUGCCAACAACGAGGAACAGCCUUCAACAACAACUAAACAGAAUCAACAUGUUACUCAACCAGAUAAUAAAACAGAAAUUGAAACAAACACAAAAGAUGCCAUCGAAGAUGCUGUAAAAUCUGAAUCAUCAACAUCAACAAAUAACCCAACAACUACUGACAAGAGCUGA